AUGAUGAUUAAUAAUAAAAUUCUCUUAUUGAUUCUUGCGACUUUCAUGUAUGUGAAACUUUUCGGAUCUUACCCGAAAUCGAAAAAAUCAAAUAUUUCAGCGUUCAAACAUUAUCGAAAUGUUUUACAAAUAAAGAGACAAAAUCGUGUUUAUCAUCAGAUGUAUGUUAUUCUCAUUAUUAUAUUCAUCAAGAAGGAUUUUUGGAAGGAUUUGAUUGUAAUUCAACAUCUUCUUUACCACAAUCUGAUUGUAUUCGAAUUCUUCAAAAUUCAUCGAUGGGAACAUCGCUUUGUGUAAUUCAAAGUUAGUUUUUUUUUAAAUAUUCUUGAUCAUCGGAAAAUUAAAAAAGAACCCUUAAAAUUCCAGACGAAAACGAGCGACAUUGUUGUUGUCUCUCAACUGAAUCUGAAUCAAUAUGUGCAGCGGAAAAUCGGAAAACCGAAGAAUUUUUCGAUUUAUGGAAUGGUCUUCAAGUUCUAUAUUUCUUUAUGGCCAUUUUAAUGACUUCGCUAGUUGCAUCUUUGGCUCACACGUUUUACGAUUAUGCAUUUAAUAAGUGGAGCAAAGAUAAUUCAGAUUUCAGUGAGCACAACACAAUUUAUGCUCUUUUUAUUUCAAGGGCAAGUUUUUCUAGAUAUCUAACAGGUAGACUAAAAUGGAACGUUUUUUCAGAUCACAAUUUUAUUUGUUAUCUCUGUAUUAUUGGAUAUUCCAUUCCAAAUGGAUUGUUCAGCUCAUGAAAAUGGUCGAUUCUUCAAUCCGCGCACAUUUCUCUACACAAAAUUCUCGGAUAAUAUGCUGAAUUCAGUAUAUUUCACGAUUAAUUUCGUUUUUUGUUACUUCGAAUAUGGAUUAUGGAAAAAAUAUGUGAGUCAGCCCCCCCCCCAAAAAAUAUUAAAUCAACCAAAAAACCUAUCAGACAUCGUCGAAAAAAAUCAACAGAACAGCUUCAAUCACAAUAAGUCUAUUCAUAUUUCUCACAAUUCCAUUAAUUAUAAUUCAACCGAUUCGAGAAACCUAUCAACUAUUGGAAAAGGAAAAUGAAGGAGGUUAUUGUAAAUUGGGAUAUGUUAUGCAUAUUCUAAACUUCUGUCAUUUUCUAUAUAUUUUAUACGAUAUAAUUGUUCUUGUGCAUAUUCGUGAAAUAUUCAAAUUGGAUAAGGAAUUGAUGAUUGAAUCGGACAUAAUUGAAGAAGUUAUCGAGAAUAAUUUGUUAUCUGUGGAAAAAGCAGCAUCUACAGUUGAAACUAGUCAAGUUUCAACAGAAAAUAUACUGGAAUUUGAGCCAAGGGUGAUUUUUGGAUACAAAAAAAAAUUCAAUAAUAAAAAAAACAUAUUUCAGCCCUUUGAUGUUUCCCGAAAUUCAAAAUCAAUUCUAAAAAUAAAAAGUAACAGUAAAUUUCAAUGGAUUGCACUACGAGCACUUCUUUCAACUACGGGAUUUUAUAAAAUUCAUCCAACGAAAUUUCUCAUUCCGCCUGGCAGAGAAAUAUCGGUCAGUUAUCAUUUCAAGAUUUCAAAAAAUAUUUUAAACCUACAAUUUACAGAUCGAAGUCUCGCAAAUUUCUCAAAACGAAAAGAAUGAGGCAGCUUACCAGCACAACAUUUUAAUCGAAUGGUUUUUCAUUGGCUCAGUUGCGCCGGCAAUUGAUGUUAACAAAUUCUGGAUUCGGCCAUAUAUUGUUCCACAGUAAGUGCUCCCCUAACAUUUUUCCUUUCAAAUUUUCACUGUUUCAGAUCAAAUUGGAACAUUUUCGUAUUACCAAUUUAUUUGGAAUCAGCAACUUGA